AUGUCUCUCCAGGGACCUGGUAAUUUUUCGGACGAUGGUAGCACAGUCAUAUCGAGAGUUGUCGAGGAUCAAAGCAUUAAGUUGCUAAACUCGACCGAGCUAGAAAAGUUUUACGAAAUUGAACGCACCGUGGAUUCAUUGACAAGCGGAGGCUACGAAACAAUCGCUCUCCAGUUCCCGGACGAAUUGUUGGCUGAUUCUGCCGAGGUCGCCAAAAUUCUAGAGAACAGAACUCAAAAAAAAAUUUUCAUUUUGGCGGAUACUUCUUACGGAAGUUGUUGCGUUGAUGAAGUAGCAGCUCAGCAUGUCGAUGCUGAAUGCAUAGUUCAUUACGGACAUUCUUGCCUGAGCCCCACUUCCCGAUUACCGGUUCUAUAUGUAUUUGGAAAGCGGUCGGUUGACAUAGAUCAUUGUUCGGUGAUAUUUGACGAUUUUUUCGGGAACGAUAAUUCUCAAAGAAUCGUUGUCAUGUACGAUGUGUUCUACGUUCACUGUGUUGAUAAUUUAAUUCGGAAAUUACGAGAAGAACUUAAUUACAUAAACGUCAUUCAAUCUUUUGUUAAAUCAGAUCCGCAUUUACCGCACCAAUCAAACGACUCAGCGUGCGCACAAAUUCAAGGAAGGUAUUAUUUACUUCCAGAAGGAAUAAACAUUAAUGACUGCCCAAUAUUUUAUAUUGGUGGAGAAAGUCCUACACUAUCGAAUCUGUUGCUGACACACAGUAAGUGUAAAGUGUAUUCAUAUAAUCCAGAGACGCGUGUAGGGCGUGAAGAGAGUUUGCACGUAAAUCGUGCAUUAAUGAAACGUUAUUAUAUGGUUCAGAAGGCUAAAGACGCAGAUGUUAUUGGGAUAGUUGUUGGAACUUUAGGAGUAGCUUCAUAUCUGACAAUGAUUACGCAUCUAAAGAACCUUAUUUCACGCGCCGGAAAAAAAUCUUAUACGUUUGUCAUGGGCAAACUCAACGUAGCAAAGAUGGCGAACUUUAUGGAAAUCGACUGUUUUGUACUUGUGGCUUGUCCGGAAAACAGCUUAAUUGAUUCAAAGGAGUUUUACCGACCAAUAGUAACCCCUUUUGAGUUGGAAAUGUCACUGGAUCCUUCAAAGGAAUGGACCGGGGAAUAUACAACUGACUUUCGGCAAUUAUUACAAGGCAGCUUUCAAUCACAAAGAGAUGCCGUGGAAGGAAUUGAGACAGACUUGGUUGAGAGUGACGAUGAACCACAUUUCUCUCUGGUUACUGGUAAAUUAAAGCAAGGUCGGAAGUAUGCGAUCAAGGAUAUCACUGAAGGCAUAGACAACGUUAAUGUUUCGGGCGGUAUUACCGACUUGACCUUGCGCAACAAGAAUACAUCGAUUUCUACUGUAUUGGGUAGCGCUGCUGGGGAAUUUUUGAAUUCCCGAAUGUUUCGAGGUCUUGAACAAAAUAUCGGUGAAACGGAAGUUCAGUUGGCAGAGGAAGGUCGAAAGGGUAUCGCUAGAGGUUAUACUGAUGAAGAAGGAAUUUGA